AUGGGUGAACACUAUGUGUAUCCGGGCAGCAUCGUCACACUUGCGGUUGUAUUCCCCGUUAUAACGAUCUUGGUGGUCACCACUAGGGUGUACUCGCGACACCUGAAGAGAAUCAGUCUUGGGCCCGAGGACUACCUUUCCAUUGCGUCCGCAAUCGUCCUAAUUGGAUGCUCCGUUGACCUCUUGGUUGGGGUCACGUACGAGCCUCAUGCCUUGGGCUACCAUUCUCCGAAGAGCAACACACAUUUCGACCUUCCGGGCAUCGUGAUUCUCGACAAAGUGGAGUGGUCCUUCAAUCUCAUGUGGUAUGUUGGUAUCACACUGGUCAAGCUGUCCUUCCUGUUCUUCUACCGGCGAAUCUUCCGCGGCGAGAUCUUCAGCAUCGUCAACUAUGCGACGAUGGGGUUGGUGGUCGCCUGGGGAAUCACCUUCUUUUUCGUGACACUGUUUCAGUGCGGGAAGUAUGUCAGCGAGAACUACACGCCGCUGCCGCAGUUCUUCAAUCCGAAGUGCGUGAACAGCUUGGCGGUCUUCUUCGCCAAUUCGCUCAUGAGUUGCUUCAUGGAUGUGAUCAUCUUGGUCAUGCCGAUGCCUCUGAUCUGGCAACUGAACAUGCGCACUCGCGCUAAGAUUGCUCUUACUGGCAUGUUCGCCCUCGGAGGCCUCUGCGUUGCGGCAUCCGCGCUUCGACUGGCGUUGUACAGCCAACUCUGGUGGGCUGUAAAGGUCCACGACGUGCAGGCCUCGAUCCUCGGGCUGCAGGGAGCCGACGACUUCGGUAUUGUCAGUCUCGCACUCUUCUGGUCACAGAUCGAGCUCAGUGUAGCCAACAUUACCUGUUGCCUGCCGUCGCUCAAGCCACUGGUGGAGAGCCAGCAAUUCCGGAACCUGCCCAGCACAAUCUCACAGGUCUCACUGCGGAGUCUCAGAAAGAUCGUUGGUGGUGGUCGAAAAGCAUCCUCGGACGCAUCGUCGUCUGAAUACAUUGAAACCAAGGAUGGCCAGACAAUCCGCGAAUCGGAAGCAAGAUCGAGGGAAAUGAGUACCGGAAGUGACGACACGUGGAAGCACGAGAGGCACUUCGGGUCAAUCAGCGGUACGCAGUAUCAGUCCGACAAUCGUUCGCUGGACGGUGGCGUAACGAGUGUCUAUGGCACCGCGCAGGGUGGCUUCAGUCCAGAGCCUGGGGCUAUCGAGGAAGGAAGAAUUACCAGAAAGGUCGAGAUUGAGCAGAUACAGACCUCGAGGUAG